UAUCAUCUUUCUUCCUCUGCAAUUGCAGUUGCUUGGUCUCAAGGAAAAACAGAUCUCUUCAUCUCAUGGGAAAUUUUCUGGUUCAGAUCUUUCAAGAAUUCAGAAUGGUGUAAUGGCAUGUAUUUCCUUCUACCAGAAUCUUGACUUGGAUCUACACCAUCUUCCUCCUCUGUAACAACGGGUUGCAUAUGCUUAUUUCUUUUGUUCUUCACAUAUUUUCAGUAAUCCUGACUCUCUGCAUGUAUUCUUUAAUUUUUGGCCAUGGCAUUUCUUGAACUCUUUCGGGGUUUUUUUUGGCAUUAUAGUACUAUAAUGAGCUGAUGCUGAUUUCCAAUAUUAGUCACCAAUGCAGUCCAAAACUCUGAGCCUAGCUCCAGCAUUUACCCUCUUCCCUUCCCUUAAGCCCCGACACAGAGCCCUCCUUUUCCACCAAAUCAUUGUACUAGUCAUCGCCUUUCUUGCUUAUGCCUCCUUCCUUGCCUCGAAAAAGCCGGCAAGCAUUGUCAAGAGCAGAUUGAACCGAGUUCAACUCAAUUCUUCUGUGAUUCAAUACACUUUGAUUUCAGCAGAACAAAAUUCAAGCUCCACGGAUACUGGCUGGGCUCCAUUUAAUGGUUCUGAGGGGACCAUUUGGCUUGUAGAGCUUGAUCUUGCAUUCUUAUUGUCAUAUUCGAUAGGAAUGUAUUUUGCUGGGCAUGUUGGUGAUAGGAUUGAUUUGAGGUUGUUUCUUGUUUCUGGGAUGGUGAGUAGUGGUGUUCUCACUAUUAUAUUUGGUUUAGCUAUUGGUUUAUAUACAUUUAUUUUUGUGGGUGUUGAGAUUUUGUGUGGUUUGUUUCAGUCUAUGGGAUGGCCUUGCGUGGUGGCAGCAGUUGGGAACUGGUUUGGGAAAGCAGAAAGAGGAUUAACAAUGGGGUUAUGGAAUUCACAUUCUUCUUUAGGAAACAUUAUUGGUUCAGUUGUGGCUUCUGGUAUUUUGGAUUUUGGAUGGGGUUGGUAUUUUGUGGUGCCUGGGUUUUUGGUGAUUUUAGUUGGGGUUUUGUUAUUUUUGUUUCUUGUUGCUAGUCUUAAAGAUAUUGGAUUUGAGCUUCCAGGGAAGGAGAUUGCAAUGAGCGUAGAAGUGGAUAAUGAGGAGAAUUCAGAGAAAGUGGGAUCUGAGGAAGCAGGACUUAUUGGGACUGAAAAUUUAGAUUCUUUGGCUGCUAUUGGAUUCUUGGAUACUUGGAAAUUACCUGGUGUUGCUCCAUUUGCUUUCUUUUUUGGAUUUAUUUGACUAUCUCAAUAUUCGUCUUACUGUUAAUAGAAGAUUGAUCUUUUCAAGAUUCAUGGCUAUUCCUCCAAUAAUAAGAAGUCUUUGAUUCUCCAAUAAUAAGAAGUCUUUCACA